UACAUUGUCAAACAGUCUCCGAACACCUUCUGAAUUUUCAAAAAAUUGUUCUGAUAUUCUAUCACUGAGCGUAUUUACCUUUAGGAUAUUAAGAGAGAAUAUGUGUUAGUCUUGAGUGGAUAUAUAGAACCGAACAGCCACUCAGUGGUUAAAGAGGUGUAUCGCAUUUCAUUUCAUUAUACACAUUUUAUUGUGUCCUAAAGAUCACGAUACAGCUAUGAAUCUUCUAUUGUUUCUGUUUCUAUGUGCCCUUAAAGGAAUAUAUGGACAGGGGAGUACAACAGAAGAUCCGUUGACCACCGUAGGGGCAAACAUAACGAGCUUAGGCGUCAGGCCCUCAAUAAAGCUUGGAUAUGCUCUGCUGCUCAUCCUCGGCUUUGGCGUGUUCUCUGUGGUUGUUGCUAUCGCUUUUAAUCUUGUCAGAAAGAAAGUGUACCACGACUCUGAUAAUGUUGACACUGCGUUUGAUGCUGGUGGAAAUGUAUCAAUUGGUCUCACUGCUACCACAAUUGUUUCCCAAUGGACUUGGUCGGCUACUUUGUUGCAGUCCUCUACGGUAGCAAGCAAGUAUGGUAUAAGCGGGCCUUUCUGGUACGGGGCAGGGGCUACAAUACAAAUCUUAAUGUUUGCAACGUUAUCAAUACAACUGAAGACAAAGGCCCCAGGUGCAAAAACGUUUUUACAGGUUAUCAGAGCAAGGUUUGGCAAGAAUGCACAUAUUGUGUUCUGUGUGUUUGCCUGCGUCACCAACCUUGUUGUGAUGGUCUCUUUAUUACUAGCUGGGACAUCGGUGAUGACCAGCCUUGUCGAGGGCCUCUCCUUAGAGCUAGCCUGUCUGAUAAUGGCUGCUGUAAUAGGCUCUUAUACGUUGAUCGGCGGCCUGGGGGCGACGUUCUACGUCUCAUACUUCAACACAAGUCUCAUCUUCGCCAUGAUUAUGUUGUUGGUUAUUGAGGUUUAUUAUAAUCCCAGCGGAAGAGAAAGUAAUCCUCUAGGUAGCGCUAAUGUAAUUUAUAGCUACCUGAACCAAACAAAGGGACCAGAUGGAAAUACUGAAAAUAGCUACUUGACGUUCCUGUCGUCGGGUGGAGCUCUGUUCGGGGUUAUCAACAUCAUUGGGAAUUUCGGGACAGUGUUUUGUGAUCAGAGUUACUGGCAGAGCAGUGUGGCCGCUAAGCCUGUCCAGGGUGUCUGGGGUUUCAUUGCAGGGGGUUUAACGUGGUUCGCCAUCCCCUUCACAUUAGCUACGACAAUGGGACUAUCAUACCUCGCCUUGGGGACCCUGCGUGGGGCACCUCUACUAUCACCCGCUGAUGUGGAUAAAGGUCUUGUCCCACCCGUUGUGGCACAGGUUUUGUUGCAAGAAUCUGGGGAGUAUGUGCUUCUUCUACUCAUCCUAAUGGCGGUCAUGUCAACUGGGUCAGCAGAGAUCAUUGCUGUCGCCUCCAUCAUUGUAUAUGACAUAUACCAGAUAUAUGGCCUUCCAUUUAGACGGAACUUUAUAGAAGGAAAUUGUAUUCUCUGUAACAAGGCUCUGCGCAAAUUGGAUGCGGAACAGCAACCAGAUGAGAAUGGAAAAGUUAAUCACACCAGCACUACAGAACUGUACACAAUGCAAAAGGAGGUAGAAGUUUUUGAGGAAGAUACAUGUGUUUGCCCACCCGCAUACGGAUGCCCAGAUUGUGCAGCCGACCAUGCUAGACGACGUGAAUUUAGUGAUACGAACACUGAAGAACCAUACCGCUGUCCGACUCAUGGCAAAUACAGACAAUACCAGGACAGCUUAAUGCGCAUUAAGAGUUGGAUUAUUCUAUGGUUAACCAUGUUCACAAUACCACUGAUAUUGUUCUGCGUUGGAGUGGGGCUUAAUUUGGGUUGGGUGUAUUUGUUCACUGGCGUUCUUAUUGGAUGCACUGUUGUCCCCAUCGCCCUCUCUGUAAUCUGGUCCAGAGUGACAUCGGUAGCCAUGAUAGCAGGAGUUAUAACAGGUUGUGUGUCGGGGUUAACAGCAUGGUUGAUUAUGGCAUCAACGUACGAAGGCGGUCUUGGAGAUUUCUUGAAGAACACAGGGAGAGAACUCGUCAUGUUUGUCGGCAACUGCUGUUCCAUCGGCGUCGGCGGUAUCGUCUGCAUUGUUGUUUCUCUCGUCACAGGCAAAAGCAAGUCUGAUAAAGCUCACGAAGAAUGGGAAAAGACGAGAAAUAUAGAAAACCCGUUGCACCCAUGGUCUUUGAAAUAUGCUGAAGAAUUUGGCAUUGAUACGAGUACUAGUACAAUAUGGAGACCUACCCAGGAAGAAAUGGCAAAAAUAUUCAGAAAAGCUCGAUUGAUUGCAAUCAUUGUAGGAUUGGUCCUGACAGUUGGGUUAGUUAUUAUCUGGCCCUCAUCCAUGAUGAGUCUCGUUGUCCUCUCUGAAACACAGUUCAGAAUGUGGACGCAAUUCUCCCAGGUGUGGGCGUUCACCGCUGCUGUUUUCAUCGUCACUGUGCCACUCGUCCAGGAAAUAUAUGGUAUCAUAAAACAGGUGAAACAGAACAGGGAAAAUGCACAGAAAUCUUCUAUGGGUGAGGACGCUCAUACAGUAAAAAGCAAUGGGGCUUAUGUGCAUGAUCAGGAGCAGGCAAUCAGAAAGAGAAGUGAACAAGUGGAACAUCACACUGCAUUGUAG